AUGCGACUGCACGGAAACAGUAUCGAUCUCAAGCACCACCACGUGCGCAACUCGCACCGUGCCGCUCCCAAGAGCGACAACGUCUACCUGAAGUUGCUCGUGAAGCUCUACCGCUUCCUGGCCCGCCGUACCGAUGCGUCCUUCAACAAGGUCAUCCUGCGCCGCCUGUUUAUGUCGCGCAUCAACCGCCCUCCUGUCUCGCUGUCGCGCAUCGCUGCCAACACCCGCAACGGUGACAGCGCCAAGAAGACCGUUGUCGUUGUCGGUACCGUCACCGACGACAACCGCCUGCUGACCGUCCCCAAGGUCCAGGUCGCUGCCCUGCGCUUUACCGCCACGGCCCGCGCCCGCCUGACCGCCGCCGGCGGCCGUGCCCUCACCCUGGACCAGCUUGCGCUGGAGAAGCCCACGGGUGCCAACACCCUCCUCCUGCGCGGCCCCAAGAAGGCCCGUGAGGCCGUCAAGCACUUUGGCUUCGGCCCCCACAAGCACAAGAAGCCGUACGUGGCCUCCAAGGGCCGCAAGUUCGAGCGUGCCCGUGGUCGCAGACGGUCUCGCGGCUUCAAGGUCUAA